GCGAACCUUCGAUGGAGAAAUGUUGACGUUAAUGAAUGUUCAACGUACUGAUAUGGGAUCCUAUUUAUGCAUAGCCAGUAAUGGAGUACCCCCAGCUGUGAGCAAGCGAUACUUCGUUAUAGUUCAUUUUCACCCGUUGAUCAGAGUGUCGAAUCAGCUGGUAGCCGCACCAAUAACAAGUGACGUUCACGUGCAAUGCUACGUCGAAGCAUCUCCGAAAGCUAUGAACCUUUGGAUGCGGGACAACGGUAAAAAGCUCAUACCCAGUGAUAAAUACCGCAUAGAAGAAUCCAUAAUCAACGAGUUCUCGUUAGUUAUGAACUUAACGAUACUCAAUUUGGACAAAAAGGAUUUUGGAGGAUACAUCUGUACAUCUUCCAACGCUUUGGGAAAAGCGGAAGGAGUAGUAAGGCUCCAAG